CUUCUUCUUCUUCUUCUUCUUCCACGGACCAGUGUCCAGUGUCCACAGCUCAUUGCCCGCCUGUCCGCCAAGCCUCGGCACGUAACCCAGAGAGCAAUUCACAGUUGUCAGUGUGUCACAGCACCAUACAUAGAGCACCAUAGUACCAUAGAGUACCGUACAACAGGUCCACAGGUCCACCGGUACUCCAGACUCCAGAACUCUAGAGUAGAGUAUUUUAACGACACGACACGACAGCUUGUAGAUUCCUUCCCUCCCCCCUCGCCCGUCCCUUUCCCCCCUUCCCUUCCCCCACUCCCCGCACUCACACCCACACACACCCACACACACCAACACACACCCAUCCAGCGAGCGCGGAGUUUCCUUCCUUCGGAGAAAAUAAUCCCACAAAGGCCACACAGCCAGCCAUGCACCAUGCUGCUGAGCAUCCUCACCCGCUCCAAGUCUGCGUCACGUAGUGGCGAUGCGGAACAGCAACAGCAACACGAUGAACACGACUUACAUGCGCACGAACACGCGCGCGACGAUGCAGCAGACGAAGAAGCAGAAGCAGGAGAAGCAGAAGCAGAAGCAGGAGAAGCAGAGCCCGAGCCCGAGCCGCAGACCACGCACCUGAACCGCUCCCUCGAGACUUUGUGCGAGGUGUUCCCGGGCGGCGACAUCGAGGACAUACGGCGGCUGCUGGCGACAACGGAGGAGGAGAGCCGGCUGUAUGUCGUCACGGAGAUGCUGCUGAAGAAGCGCACGGUCAGCUCGGCGGCGGAUACGGCGAGACGCGGGAAUGGGAAGACACGGUUGCAGCCGUGGGAGAAGUUUAGGACUGAGGCGUAUCGGGGCGCGGUUCAGAAAGCAUUGAGUAAGGAGUUUCGCGGCCUCUCGAAAUCUGCGAUCCAGGCGGUCCUGGCGGAACAUAACUUUCAGUAUGGCCGGUCCCGCGAGACGCUUGCUACGAUAGCAGCACGAUCAUGGCGCGUCUCGUUCUCGAACUUCUUCCGGCGGUCACCACGCAGCUCCGCGUCGCCGCUAGAUCCGCACAUCGCCUCGACGGGCAGCAAAGAGCUCGACGCCGAGAUCUUCGAGCUGGGGCGGCCGGCGCGCGAAGCGCAAGUGCUAUCGGACCGCAACGUCGCCGUCCGCAUCAACGAGGAAGAGCACGCUGCCGCGCAGGCGCUGCUCGAGUGCGAGUGCUGUUUCGGCGACUAUGCGUGGGAGGAAACCGUCGCGUGCAUGGCCGGCCACUUCUUCUGCCACACGUGUCUGCGCCGCUCCGUGCAGGAGAGCGUCUUCGGCCAGGGAAAGAGCCUGGUCCCGGAGAAGAACUCGGUCCGGUGUCUGUCGUCCACCGCGCUGCCGCCGUGCGACGAGUUCGUGCCCGCAGAUAUCCUCCGCGCCGUCCUGCCAGAGGAUGUCUACCACUCCCUCGAGGACCGCACCGCCUCCGCCUCCAUCGAGAAAUCCGGGCUGAAGCUCAUCCGGUGCCCGUUCUGCGGAUACGCAGAAGCCGACGAGCUGCCUCCGCACCGCGUCAAAGCCAGCGCGAUCCUCCUCCUCUUCCUCGUCGCCUCACUAGUACUCACUCUACUCUCACGCCUCCCCGCAAGCCUCUCACUGCUCCUGCUGAUCACGCUCACCUCGCCGCUGCACACCUUCCCCGCCGCAGUGCGCGCGCGCCUCGACGCGGCGCUGCGCGCGGUCGCCCUCCGCCGCCGCGGCACGCUGUUCAAAUGCGCUAACUCCGCGCGGUGCGCCCGCGAGAGCUGCAUCGUCUGCGCCAAGGAAUGGCAGCCGUUCCACAAAUGCUACGAGAAGGAGGAGGACGCCGCGCGCAUAUACGUCGAGCGCGCCAUGGCGGACGCCGUAAAGCGCACUUGCCCCCUCUGCAACGUCUCCUUUGUCAAGUCCGACGGCUGCAAUAAACUCGCCUGUCCCUGCGGAUACGUUAUGUGCUACAUCUGCCGCGCCGACAUCCGCACCGUCGGGUAUAAGCACUUCUGCCAGCACUUCCGACAAGUCCCGGGCACCGCCUGCGGCGACUGCAACGACUGCGACCUAUAUGCCAAUGAGGACGAGGCGCUCAUUAUUCAUCGCGCUGCCAAGACCGCCGAGCUGGAGUAUUUGGAGCUCACUGGGAGGAGCUGGAGUGGUACUGUCGCAGAGACGAGGGUGCUGGGCUGGGGUUAUGGCAGUUGUGCGCGCUGCGUGGAGUGGUGGGAGUGGGUCGUUGAGGGGGUCGUGGAGGGGGGGGUUGAGUGGGUUUAG